GGACCCCAGGCUGCCUCAGCUCCACUUUAGAUACGACCGCUGGUCGUUUAUCUGCAGGCUCUCGACAGACUGAAACUUGAUCUGACCAAUCUCACCGCCAUAUGGUGGGCCGUGAUCCUCCCUCGCGCGGACAGAGCAACCUCACCGCAAACCCUUCAUAUGGCGGAGAUCAUCACUGUCCCGACAUCACUCGCUUCUCCGCACGCUAGUUCGGUAUCGCAGCCUCGAGCCAAGAACAGCGCGUCCCAACAAUCGAAGCACAAGGACGCGCCGAAGACAUCAGAGAACAGUGGGAUUGUCAAGAAGAAGCAGUCCAAGAGUCGCAAUGGUUGUGUUACCUGCAAGGCAAAGCGUCUCAAAUGCGACGAGGUAAAGCCCACUUGUCAGCAGUGUCUGAAACGAAAUGUGGUCUGUGAAGGCUACAGGAGAGACUUCAAAUGGCGGCCUUUUGAAGAACCUGGCUGCACAGGGAAGCAGCCCGCCAAGCCAAGGAAAGGGGAAUCUAUUACGGUCCUUGCACAACCCAACAGCAACAACAUGUUGAACGCUCAUCAGCAAUACCACAACUGCUCGGCUACUACGCAUGAUUGCCACCAGAUUCUGCUGCCCCAACUGUUGAUUGCCGAUGUUCAUAACCCGGCAAAUGACGACCACCCUCCGCUGUUCCCACAUAUACUAGCCGAGAGACACUAUACCGCAUCGAUGUUGUCUCCAUAUGUGAUCACUCCACAAUCAGUCUCACCGGUUGAAUGUCGCACCCCAGCUUUCCCAGGAUCUGAGAGUAUAUACGAAGAUGGGUCGGUAAGAGCAGGACCGAGCGAGAUGACUGCACCUUCAAGUCUGGCUGCUGGCCAAUCACCUCGACUCAUGGACCUCCUACUAUCCGGGAACGACUACUGCGCACCUCCAGAAGAAUACUUAUCUUAUCGGAACCAGCAUGGGCCUUUCUAUGAACCAACCGGUCUUACCCCUCCAGGAGAGGUUAAUGAUGAGGAUAUCGAAGAGAUCCCUCGAGGGUUCAGCUACGACAUUAGACCAUGGUCUUUGCGACAUUCCUCACCAACACCAUCCAACUCUUCUGGUUCAUCUACAGGGUCCCAGGAUCACGGCAUCCCUAAUCAGCUCCAGGAUCCAGUUUCUUCAUCCGAGGCUAUAUCACGGCGCUUUCAUCGAGACACCUGUGGGAUCUUGUCUGUGAAAGACGGGCCUACUGAGAAUCCAUGGCGAACGCUCGUGUGGCCACUCACACGUGACUGUCCAGCUCUCUACCACGCCAUUGCGUCCAUGACAUCGUUCCAUCAGUCUACACAGUUUCCACCCAUGCGGAUACAAGGGAUCAAUCACAUGCAGAUUGCGAUCCAGGCACUUGCAGAGGGGCUAGGUAACAUGCGUUUUGAUGCUGCCAUAUCGACAACUUUAGUACUAGCCUUCGCUGAGUCCUGGGAUGUGCAUAUCAGCACAGGUAUCAAUCACAUCAAGGGAGCCAAGGUCCUCAUCAACCAAGCUCUAGUACAGCAUCGACAGACACCCAAGCAAGGCGAAGAGUGGACGCGUCUUCAAUUUCUCUGCAAUGCUUGGAUAUACAUGGACGUCAUUGCUCGCCUUACGUCAGCGGAUGAUGAUGACUCCAAUGAUGUGGACGCCAUCUAUGACAGCAUCCACUCGACAGGGGGGACGAAUAGCGUACUUGACCCUCUCAUGGGCUGUGCACAUUCACUCUUUCCCAUCAUCGGUCGAGUUGCAUCUCUGAUUCGAAAAUUGCGAAAAACAACUGGAGACUGCCCCAACUUGACUAUGCAGGCGAUACACCUGAAGUCACAGCUGGAAGAGUGGACACCACCAUCACAUAUUGAAACCCCUGAGGACGAAACAACAAGUCCAACUGACUCCGUCAAAACAGCCACCGCUUAUCAAUACGCAACAUUGCUAUACCUUCAUCAGGCGUUCCCUCAGCUCCCUUCGCUGCCAGCACUGAUUCUCGCUGAGAAGACUUUGUGCGAGCUUGCUUCAGUCGAACCCAGCUCUCGCUCAUGCAUCAUCCAUAUAUAUCCUCUCAUGGCCGCCGGUUGCGAGAUGAUCGAUGAAGAUGACCGGGCUUGGGUAAUCCAGAGAUGGAAGCUACUCCUAUCUCGAAUGAAGCUCGGCAUCAUCGAAAAAUCCCUCACUGUUACUAAAGAAGUGUGGGCUCGGCGAGAUGCCUUCGCAGCGAAGUGUAAUAUCUUUGAGGCAAGGCACAGUGACAACAUGCCCACUGCACAAGCACGCAAGCGCAGCCUCGAUGCGUAUCUCGAAAGCAAUGAUGAUGACUUCUGCUGGCUUGAAUCAAGGCCCAAACGGAGGGCCACGGAUUCAGACGCACAUCAAUCACAUUCAAUCUCCUACUUGUUCCCAUUAGAACAGCGUAGAAGUAAUGGGUCACAACAUAGCAAUGUGGAGCUACUUGAACCAGAGUUCACUGUUAAAGGCUAUCUCCAUUGGCUUGGUGUAAUGCGGGAUUGGAACUGGGAAGUACUACUAGGCUGAGAGCGCGUUUGCGUAUGCGCCCAGAGAAAGGAGUCUCUGAACCCGGAACAACUCGUGGAAAGACGAUUCGACUGUAUUCAAUCACACGGUCGACUCCAGCAACAUCUUCACGAUCGCGACAGCCACUUCAAAUUACAGUACACAUGGCACACUAUGGAUACCAUCUGCAUCAA